ACACAACCAGAAUUAGUAAUUUUAGCCGUAAAUACUUUUGUAAAGGAUACAGAUGACAGCAACCCAUUGAUUCGUGCACUCGCCAUUCGAACCAUGGGAUGUAUCCGCGUUGAAAAAAUUAUUGAUUAUCUUUGUGAACCUUUGAGGAAGUGUCUAAGGGAUGAGAAUCCUUAUGUGCGAAAAACUGCGGCUUUAUGUGUUGCAAAGUUAUAUGAUUUAAGCCCUAGUUUAGCAACAGAUAAUGGUUUUGUUUCGGUUUUGCAAGAUAUGGUAUCGGAUGCCAAUCCGAUGGUGGUUGCAAAUGCUGUUACAGCACUUGCAGAAAUAAAUGAAUCUUCUUCUACCAAAGAUAUUUUUAUAAUCAAUGCACCAACACUUACAAAGUUAUUGGUGGCUCUUAAUGAAUGUACAGAAUGGGGUCGGAUAGCUAUUCUUACUGCACUGGCUGAAUAUAAACCUGCAGACUCUAAAGAAGCUGAACAUAUUGUUGAACGUGUUGUUCCACAAUUUCAACAUGUAAACGGAAGUGUAGUAUUGUCUGCAAUUAAGGUGGUUAUGAUUUAUAUGAGAACAAUAAAAAAUGAUGAGGCAAUACGGCAGUUA